AUGGCGUCUGCCAGUGAGAGCGACGAUCAGACGGUGCCAAACGGUGAGGAUGAGGACAACAGUAUCCAGGGGAUUCAGUCUCGUUACCUGCGCUGUUCGUCACCCAGCCUUUCCAUGAUGUCAGAGUCCAGGUUUUCCGCCAUCUCUGGCUCAGAUGCCGCCAGUAUCUUCAUGGAGCCUAUUCACUUGUCAUCCGCCGUUGCCGCAAAGAAGAUCAUCAACGAAGAACUGCCGCCUCGAGGUGUCCGCACAGAGUCCAUCCCGGAGUCCAUGCUUGAAACAGCAGAGCAGCUGAUGGUUGAAGAUCUCUACAACCGAGUGCGGGACAUGAUUGAUGACCGCAGUCCCUACAAUACUCCAUGUGUGCUGGACAUCCAGAGGGCAAUGGUUCAGGAUCGCCUGGAGCCACCGAGCCAGCCUGUGGAUGAAGUGUGGCCAAACAUCUUUAUUGCAGAGAAAUCUGUCGCCGUCAACAAAGCCCGCCUGAAGAGAAUGGGCAUCACACACGUCCUCAACGCUGCACAUGGCACAGGGGUCUACACUGGAGAAGCCUUCUAUUCUGGGAUGGGUGUUCAGUACAUGGGUGUAGAGGUUGAUGACUUCCUUGAUGCUGACAUCUCGCCACACUUUCGGCCCACCGCUGAGUUCUUGGACGAGGCUUUGUUGACCCACAAAGGCAAAGUUGUGGUAGUUUCAAUGAUGGGUGUCAGUCGCUCAGCCGUCCUGGUGGCAUCCUACUUGAUGAUCUUCCAGCACAUGACCAUUAUGGAGGCACUGACUGCAAUCAGGAAAAAGCGGCCGAUCAACCCAAACGAGGCUUUUCUUAAACAACUGCGACAGCUCAAUGAAGAUCUGUUGGAGGAACGUGAUGAUGACGAAACACUCAGCCAGUGUUCCGUUAUUGACGCACGCACUCGUGCUCGUAUCUUUGGCGAAGAUAACGAGACCGAUACGGAUGAAGCGCAAAGCAUGAUAGAGGUGAAAGCUAACUCCAUUAUGAUGGAGGAGGAGGAGGAUGGCAAUAGUGUGAUGAGCACCGUGGCCUCUUCUGCAGCCGCUGAGGAGCUCCGUAGCAGACCCAGAGACCUGGAAAUCCAACCUUCAUGUGGUGUUCAUGAGAAAUCAGUCCUGCCCGAGCAGGUGGAGCGUGGAGAAGAUGUUGAGGAUGAAGACGGUCUUGAUAGAAUGAUCCACGAGUGGCAGCGCAGGAACGAGCAGUACCAAAGUGAUGAAUGGUGGGAGGCGCAGCUAAACAGCGACGACGAGAAUGGGGCACCUGCUGACGCCGAUGUGGAAAGCGUCACCAGCGAAGACGUUCGAGCCCUCAAGGAACGUUUAAAGCGCCGCAACAGACAUCCUCCUUCUGAUGCAGUGUCUACCUCGAGCUGCACCAGUUAUGCCGACCUCUGGAAACAGAGACUACAGGAGAUCGAGGAAGAGGCUUCUGCUCGCUAUCGGAAAAAGGAUGACAAGGAGGGCCAGGAAAGUGAUGGUAAACAUCAACAAGAGAGCAAGAAAAAGAUAGAUGAUGAGAUGGAGAGCAUCCUUUCAGACAGUACGUCUAUGUACAACUUUUGCCAGAAGAACAAGGAGAAGAUGACACCCUUGGAGCGUUGGCGGGUCAAGAGGAUUCACUUUGGAUGGAACAAAAAGGAUCGUGAUAAUGGAGAGAAAAGUUCUGUUGGCGAUCAUGAGAAAAGCGAUGACGCGGAAGUGACGACUCCAUCCUUUGAAGAUGUCAACCUGACGGCCUAUCAGGCUUGGAAACGACGGCAGCAGAGGCGAUUCGGCGAGGAAAACAUGGAUGAGAUUCUGGAAAUGAGUCGGGGAGAGGACUCUGCAACUGUCAAACGGAGGCAAAGGCGGGAGGAGAUUCUGGAACGUUCUAAAAAGACGUUAGAAGAAAGUCAAUCUAUGUGUGGGUGGGAGAAUGAAAGCUGUGUAAGUGGCACUACCAUACCUCUCUCUGCCUUCUGGGCUGGAGCUGGAGUCACUGGAGCGCCCACUGUCGUAAACGACGACAACAUGUCAAUGAUCAGUGGACAAUCGUCCGUCCGAUCGUCUGCAUCGCAGGCCUGUAGUAUCAGAGCAUCACACGCUAGUUUCCAGCCUCCCCCCAUUGUCCCUGUCCCGACCGUCCAAGGUCCCUCUGGGGAACCGAUGGUAAACCUUGCUAGCAUUCAGAACUGGAUCGCUAAUGUGGUCUCUGAAACCAUCAAACAGAAGCAGAAUGAGAUGAGCCUACCUCCUCCCUCUCUCGCGAGAUCAGAUGUUAGCUUCGGUGCCCCAUCCAGUGUGAGUGCGAACCGUGUUGGAGAUGACGAUAAAGCAUCCAUGUUGAGCGGUCGGUCCUAUUGUAGUAGCGCGUCUCAGGGUCGUGGUCGGUUAGGGUCUGUUUUCUCAGCCGAAAGUUACAGUGAUGUCGGCACACGAGGGUCUAAAAAUAAAAUCACCACUACCAGCGUCCCUCUGUUCAGCCUUUUCCAGGACCAGGUCAACCUUGGCAAACUGGACGAAAUGGACAAAGAGAUUAAGUCUGACAUAAGAGGAAAGAUGGCGACUUAUGAGAAGAAGAAGAUCCUAGAAGACAACAAGCGGAGCACUUUGUACAAGAAGAAGAAAUCAAAGGAAGAUGAAGAUGAAGAGGAGGUAAAAAGGAAAGAGGAAGAAUUCCUUCAAGAAGCAAAGAAGAAGAAGCAGAAACCUGUGAAGACAUUUGGUCUCUCAGGAUGUCUGAACCUAAACCCGGCACUGGAGAACGACAAGAACACCAGCGUUGACGAGUGGCUGAAAAGUGUCAGACCUCCUCCCAGAAAAGCGGCAGCCACUACAGACGAAGAUCCUUACGAUGACCUUGAUGGCUCCGCCUCCCAGUUUGACUUCUCCAGCCGCAGGGUGUCGUGCGAUCGCGAGGAUGAUGACAACCACACAUUCAGCGGUGCCUCCAAUUACUUACCCCAGAUGCAUCCAUCUGAUGGCAAUGACAUUGACAACCACAGAAAAGCCAGCAGGUCGUACAACGAAAAUCAUGAUGUUAAUGAUCUCAUCUCCAGAAGAAAAUUUACAAAUCAUUCAGAAUACAAAAGCAAUGACACAGAAAGAGAGGGGCGGGAUUUGGGUGGUGACGAUGAAGAAGAGGACGUCGCGGCUUUCAUCGCCCAAACCAGGCAAAGGGCCAGGGCUCGAGCAGCCGCCGAAGAUCCGGACGAUGAGGUGCUCGCUGCUUGGAGGGCGCAGCUGGACGCCAAAAGGCAAGGUCAAUCUUAA